AUCUCGAGGUACCACCUCCUGGACAAGAAGAAAGUAGUUCAGUUUUGGAGCACGAACUGCUCCCACAACCCAAACUGCAGUUGUUCCUGAAAGGGCCAAAUAUGCCUGGUGUUGCUGACGUCGAGAUUGAAUUGAACGAUUCGUCUUGGACGAUAUUCAGAGCAGUACAGGAAUUGAUGCAGAUGACAGAGUUCACUUCCAGGCAGGAGAAGCAAAGAAGAAUUUGGGAACCAACAUAUUUAAUAAUUUACAAAGAAGUGAAGGAUGAUGGCACAUACGAUACUGAAGAGGGAAGAGCCACCCCAGUUGCUACUCAGUACUCUAGAAGUGGAAGCAGUUCCGUUGCCGGCGUCUCUCCCAGCACCCCAGUUCCCGGAACACCUUCCGUCUCAAACUGUACGGUCGAAGACGUCUUGCAGCUCCUCAGACAUCUGUUUGUAAUCACAACAACGAAAGAUAAUGAUUUCCACUCGCUGGACCACAUCCCAGACAUUUCUCCGGAGGAGUUUUCCAGCAAGAAAAUAACCAACAAAAUUUUGCAGCAAAUACAAGAUCCUCUGGUACUGUCGAGCGCAAGCUUGCCUGCGUGGUGCGAGGAACUCAACCAUUCUUGCCCAUUCCUGUUUCCGUUCGAGACCAGGCAGUUGUACUUCAAUUGUACCGCAUUCGGCGCUUCCAGAAGCAUCGUUUGGUUGCAGACGCAAAGAGACGUUACCAUGGAGAGGCAGAGGACACCAGGAUUGUCACCGCGACGUGACGAUCCGCACGAGUUUAGGGUGGGAAGAUUGAAACACGAAAGGGUGAAAGUUCCUAGAGGGGAUCAGUUAUUGGAAUGGGCGAUGCAAGUUAUGAAAAUCCAUUCGGAUAGGAAGUCUAUUUUGGAGGUAGAGUUUGCCGGCGAAGAAGGCACAGGAUUGGGCCCAACUCUCGAGUUCUAUGCCCUAGUGGCAGCAGAACUGCAAAGGCGCGAUUUGGGCAUGUGGAUUUGCGACGAUGAUGCGAUAAGUCUGAACGAGCCAGUAGAUCUAGGAGAAGGCGUAAAACCUCCAGGUUACUAUGUCCGAAGAGCUUCAGGCUUGUUCCCAGCCCCCCUUCCCCAAAACUCUGAGAUAUGUGAUAAAGCUGUUAGAUAUUUUCAUUUUCUGGGUGUGCUACUUGCAAAAAUUCUACAGGACAACCGCCUAGUGGAUUUGCCGUUGAGCAAAAGUUUCUUGAAAUUGAUGUGUCACGGAGAUAUUCAGAAUACAGUCAACGAGAGAAUUGGCUUUGCCGGCAAUAAAAAGGUGGCCGAAGAAGAUGUGAUGACAUCGAGUUUCAUUUCCGAGGAGAGCGAAAAGGAACUGGAACUUGAUCCCCCAAAAAUUAUAGUGGAGGAGAAGAGGCCUUGGUACUCUAGUAUAUUAGGAGAGGAUGACUUGUACGAAAUAGAUCCUAUCAGAGCUAAUUUCAUGAAACAGAUACGCGACUUGAUUAAACAGAAACAGAAGAUUUUACAAGACCACAGCCUGUCGCCUGAGUCCAGGGCUCACCAGAUCCAAAAUCUAUGUUUGAACUACUCGUCUGGCAGCGUCCUCCUGGAAGAUUUAGCGCUGACUUUCACUUAUGCCCCCAGUUCAAGCGUGUUUGGUUUCUCGUCGGUAGAACUUGUAAAUAAUGGUGCUGAUAUAGAAGUUAAUAUAGAAAAUGUAGAAGAAUAUGCAGAGCUGACGACAUCGUUUUGUUUGGAUAAGGGAAUCGCAAGGCAGUUGGAGGCAUUCUAUAAAGGCUUUUCGAUAGUGUUCCCGAUGGAGAAAUUGGCUGCUUUCAGCCCGAAUGAAAUGUGCGUGAUGCUUUGUGGUGACCAGAAUCCUGAAUGGACCAUGGAAGAUCUCAUUAAUUACACCGAGCCCAAGCUUGGAUAUACAAAAGACAGUCCUGGCUUCUUGAGAUUUGUCAACGUGUUGGUGAACAUGACACCCGAAGAACGAAAAGCCUUUUUGCAGUUCACAACUGGGUGCAGCUCUCUGCCUCCUGGUGGUUUGGCGAACCUGUACCCACGACUCACAAUUGUACGUAAGGUAGAUGCCGGUGAAGGGUCGUAUCCCUCAGUGAACACAUGUGUCCAUUAUCUCAAAUUGCCGGAUUAUUCCACCGAGGAAAUAUUAAGGCAAAGACUGUUGGCAGCGACAAAAGAGAAGGGUUUCCAUUUGAAUUGAACUCACAUAAGAGAAUGUACCUUUGACACGUUGACACAUCCAGGCAUAAGUGAGCCACUUUUAUCUGUGUAUAAAUUAAUAUAAUAUUCACUUGGCUGCUGUAGUAUUCAAAAAGAUUAACUUUGGGUCUCGUUUGUGUUUGCGAGACGGUCAGCGUGUAAAUUGAUUUUGUAUUAUCUAUUAGGCUAUCUUCAUUAUGUAUUUUGAAGGAAAAUGAAACUAUUUGAGAGUACUGAGAAUCAUUGUAUUAUUUCUUUUCUGAAUUUCUCGGAGAGUUUUCGAGAAGCUUUUGGUAUCUGUUGUUUAAUACGUUAAGAUGCUUUAAAUCUUAGUGUUAAAUAUAGAGAGUUUAAAUAUGACCAAAUUUCGGUAUAGUUCGUGAUUUUAUUAAUGUGAUUAUUUUGCAAUAUAGAUUUAUAUCGAGUUCUCGAGUAGAGCACACUUUUGGGGAUCUUCGGUUUAGUUUUAAUUUUUGCUUAAAACUACAUCCUGCUGUACUAUGUUGAAAUGUAGAGAAAUAUGUCUGUAUGUAUUUGAUGUUGAUUACAUUAUCAAUAAAUCUACUCUUAAAAUUGA